AUGCUGCCAUCGGGAGCGGGGCUGGUGCCAUCGCCGGCAAAGGCAUGCAGGAAGUCAAAGCACCUUUCUGAGCCGACUUUCUCUUGGAGAUCUGCCCACGCACCGCUUCCGGCUGAUGACGUUGUGGGCGCUUUGCAGCCAGUGCUGCAAGUAGCACAGCCCCAACUGGCGGGAGACCUUGUAAACAAGGCACCUUCCCUCCCUAAAGACAUAGCUGUUGCAGAGGGCACUGGAGCUGGGAGGCAAUCUUCCUCCAUACCUCUGCCGGUCUUGCCCCAAUUCCAGCUGGGUGAGCAGUCUGCGCUGUUUUUGGAGCCUUCUAUUCAGCCACUACAACCACCAAAAGGCCAUGCCUAUGGGCAGCCUCUUGCGUCCCAGCCUUCUACAUCAACUGCAGCUCCAGGCUGGUAUUACUUUGGGCCUCCCCCCUCUCAGGGCCGCCCUUUGUCUCCAGGAGAGGGACCCUCUACCUCAUGGCAUGAUUACCCUCCAUCAUACUCAGGGGCCUCUCGCUCUGAUGUCCCUUGUUUUGAUUCAGAUAUGGAAUCUUUUUUGUCUUAUGAAGAUUUUGUGGCAUUGAUGGUUCGCCUCUCCCAUGCCUUAAAGUUUUCUGCUGUAACUGCUCCGCAGACAGUGGAAGAUCCAAUGUUUCCAGCAGAAAAACAACAGCUACCAACAUCAGCUAUGGUUCCAGCUUUACCAUACCUUUUACAGCUGACAAAGUCACCAGAUGUUGCUCCGGUGGCUGUACUGGCAGUGACAAGGAGUAUCGAUAAUCUCUAUCGAGUAGAUACAUCAUCAGCCCCAUGGAUAGCUAAACCUCCAAAGCCCAAUUCAGUGGUGGUGGAUGUUCCAUCCUCACGACGAUCAAGAAGAAUUCAACCUAGCCCUUCUGAUAAGGAGGGCAGGAUGAUGGAUACCCUUGCAAGGAAAGUUCAUCUUUCUGCUGGGCUAGUUGUUCACAUUGCGCACUACCAGACGUAUAUGGCGGCGUAUCAAACCUUCUUAUGGGGCUUAUGUCAUCAAUUUUACAUUGUUUCCGACCAGCAUUGCCAACGGGCAGAUGCGUUCCAUCAUGAAGUUCUGUUGUUAGCGGAACAGCAGAAAGGUUUGGCUAUGCAUUCUGCGGAUACUGCAGGCAAACUGUUUGCCUCAGCUAUGGCUAUGUGCAGGCAUGCUUCGUUGCAUUCAUCUAAUCUUUCUGAGGAAGGGAAGGCCAAGGCAGAAGAUUCCGCCUAUGGAUGCUAUUACUGUUUUUCAUCCUGACACUGAUACUCAGCUUAAAAGCUUGCAUGAAGUUCGUCAGGCAGCACAAAAAUAUGGUUUCCAACCCUUUCCUCUUCUUCUUAUGGGCAUGCUGGUAUACUCCGCAGAACACCUAUUGCAGGUCUGCAUGGGCUCCGUCCUACAGGCCUUGGUCUAACCAGACCUUUUGGCCAUCUGACAAUAAUAGGCAGAACCCCCCUUGAAGGGGAUGCCAGCAGGGUAGGACUUGGCAGAAGAACCCACCUAGGCGAUGGGUUUAGCACUUGCCCUGCCUUUUCUUUAGAGCGGCUGUUACUGCCCUCUCUUUCUCCUGGUUUGGUUGAUGUUUCAGCCUACUAUGGUGAUGGGAUCCCCUUGCAUCUCCCAGACUCUGCCCCUUUUGAAUCUCGCCUGGCAAGAUUCUUGCAUGCAUGGCAGCAAAUCACAUCAGAUAAAUGGGUGUUGGAUUCUAGUUCAGCAUGGCUAUAAUACAGAAUUUAUUUCUUUGCCUUCUGUAGGCAUUAUUUGUUCCACCCUUCAGUCACCAAUUUUUUGGCAAGAGGUCCACACCCUUCUACAAAAGGGUGCAAUAGUACCUUUAGCAUUUUUUUCUAAGUAUUUUCUUUUCCCAAAGAAGGACAGAGGUCUCCGGCCCAUUCUGGACCACAGGGAAUUGAAUCAGUUCAUGGCCAAUAAAAGAUUCAGAAUGGUGACAUUGGCCACUAUUAUGUUAUUAUUGUUUAAAGGAGUGUGGGUCACCACAAUUGAUUUAAAAGAUGCUUACUUGCAUGUUGCCAUUCAUUCUCGUUGGCACAGAUUUAUUUCUAUUAUGAUAGAAGGCCAAGCUUUUUAUUUUCAAGUGUUGCCAUUCAGCAUUUCUUCUGUCCCUAGAGUGUUUACUAAAGUAAUGACAGUGGUAGGGGCUUAUCUACGGGAAAAUGGUAUAAUUGUCUGUCUGUAUGUUGAUGAUUGGUUGCUGGUCACUCCUUCUGCACAGCAACUUCACCGUGAUAUUAUGUGCACUCUUUCUGUUUUGCAAAGCCUAGGCCUGAUUGUAAAUGAGGCCAAGUCACAUUUGCAACCUUGCCAAAGGAUCCAGUUCAUAGGAGCCACUCUGGAUUCCACUCUCGCAAGAGCAUACUUACCAGACAAAAGGUUUCAGGCACUACACUCCCUUGCACUCCACAUCUCAACGCAGCAUGUUGUUCGGGCCAAGAACGUUCAGCAUCUGCUCGGCCACAUGGUGUUCACCACUGUGGUGAUGCCAUUUGCACAUCCAUGAAUGCGUCCACUGCAGAUGUGGUUUCUCAGGACUUUCCAUCCCUCACGUCACAGUUCCUCCAAGCUUCUUAUUCCCUCAAAUGCUGUACGACAGUCACUUCAUUGGUGGAUGCUUCUGGAAAACCUUUGCGUUGGGAUUCCAUUUCGGCCCAGAUAGCCAACUAAUUUUAACCACCGAUGCAUCACUGCUUGGCUGGGGGGCACAUCUCAGCAACAUGUCCAUUCAAGGGACAUGGUCAGCAGCAGAAGCUUUCAAGCAUAUCAAUUAUCUAGAGCUUCUAGCAAUCCUGAAGGCUCUCAUGUUGUUUGAGCCACGACUUGCAGGGCAGGUAGUACAAAUACUUAUGGAUUACACCACCACAAUGCUUUAUAUAAACAAACAAGGUGGCUCCCGGUCACGCAUUCUCACCAACCUCUCUAUGCACAUCUGGGAUUGCUGCAUUGCCAGAAACAUAGAUAUCAUUGUGGCCCACAUUUCAGGAAUCGACAAUGCCCAAGCCAAUCUAUUGAGAUGUAUGUCUCCAUUGAACUAUGAGUGGUCCCUUCACCCGCAGAUACAGCUGCACUCUUCAGCAGGUGGAGAACACCGCAUAUAGACCUGUUUGCAUCUCCUGACAUUGCAAAAUGUCACAAGUUUGGAGCUCAGUUUCCUCCUCACCAUCCUACCAGCUGCUUGGGGGAGGCAUUCCUUCUAGAUUGGACUUCAACUCUGCUAUACAUAUUGCCACCUUUGCCUCUAAUGAACUGGUGGUCUCCAAAAUCCUAGCAGAACAGGUCAACUGCAUUCUGAUUGCUCUAUGGUGGCCGAGGCAACCAUGGUUUGCCACUCUCCAUCACCUGUCAGCAGGAAAUUAUGUACAGUUGCCACACAGACCAAACCUCCUGUCAUGUCAGAAUGGACAGAUCUUUCACUCAAACAUCCAUCGCUUCCAGCUGACCGCAUGGCGCAUCACACCAGCAGCCUGCCCCAACUAAUAAAGGAUAUUCUUGAGUUGGCCCGUAGACUUUCUACAAAGAAGUCUUACAGUUAUGAGUGGGCUCAUUUCUUUACCUAUGUAUCACAACAAGGUUCAUACCCUCUUACAGCUUCUACGUCACUUCUUCUCUCUUUGUCAGAUGCUGGUCUAUCUUUAUCUUCCUUAAGGUGCUAUCUAGCCGCUAUUUUGGCUUAUAGAUUAGCAGCAGGCUUCCCUUCUGUAUUUUCCAGCCCUCUUGUCAAGGGUUUCUCAAAGGGUUAAAGAAUUUCAGACCCCAGGUAACUCUGUUAGUGGCCUCAUGGAUGCCUGAUGUUAUCCUUUCUGCACUCACCAAACCAUCAUUUGAACCAAUGGCUACAAUUGAUAUUUCACAUCUGUCAUGGAAGGCAACCUUUUUGGUGUCAAUCACUUCGGCUCGAAGAGCAAGUGAGUUGUGUGCUCUACGGGUGGAUGAACCUAAUCUUAGAUUUCAUAGGGACAAGGUUGUAUUGAGAACUGCUGUUGCAUUUCUUCCUAAAGUGGCAACUCAUUUCCAUAUGUCACAAGACAUUGUAUUACUGGCUUUCUUUAGAGAUCCUUCUUCACCUCUUGAGUAGUCGCUUCAUUUGUUGGACGUACAUAGGGCUCUGGCCUUUUAUGUCCAAAGAACUGCUUCUAUUAGGAAAUCAACAAGACUAUUCCUAAAAUACCAUAAUGAUGCAGCAAGCCUCCCAGUCUCCAGACAGAGACUUGCAGCCUGGAUUGUAUCUACCAUUAAACUAGCCUAUAAUAUGGCAGGACUAGACUUCCCAUCUGGAGUGGCAGCUCGUUCCACCAGAGCAAUGGCUGCUUCUACUGCUUUCCUCAGGGGCAUACAUUUGUUGGGCGGCAAUAUGGUCUACGCCGCUCACUUUUGUGUCUCAUUACAAACUUGAUCUCCUUGCUAAGAGAGACGCAGCGGUUGGUAGAGCGGUUUUAUUUUCUGCAUUGGCAUGACUCCCUCCUCCUUGCGGAAAGCUUGCCAGUCUACCACAGGUGUGGAUUUCACAGAGGCCACGAAGGAGAAGGAAAGGUUGCUUACCUGUAACCACCUUUCUUUGAGUGGCCAUCUGUGAAAUUCACACAACCCGCCCAUCCUCCCCACAUCGUCAUGCCCUGUCCAGAGCUGCUGCUUUCCGGCUCUGGAACUAAAGGGCCAGCCCCUGAGGCCAUCAUUUAUCCUACUGGAGGAGGGCGGGGCUGGAGUCCACUAAUUGAAGAGCUUAUUAAAAGUAUCCGAGGAACAGCUGCUUGGCGCAGGAAAUACCACAGAUGUGAAUUUCACAAAUGGCCACUCGAAGAAAGGUGAUUACAGGUAAGCAACCUUUCCUUAUUCGCAUUAUUGCCUGUUUCUUCUUCCUGCCAUAUAUGUGAAGAAAUGCAUUCCUGACAAGGUUCUCUGUAGCUAUCCUGUCAUUGAGAGAUUUGUUUAUAUUGAUGUGAAAUUAUCUGCAUAUGAGAAACUCUUCCCAAUUCAUGUGAUUGCUCUUUUCUUCUUCCCAUCUUACAUGUGGAUAUAUGUCUUUCUGGCUAGAUUCUCUUUAGCUAUCCUCAUGGAGGUACAUUUAUAUUGAUCUAUGAAAAGCGUGGAGAGAAAGUUUUCCUGGGCCAUUCUGUCUUGCUUCUGAGAGACUCUUCCCGAUUAGCAUUAUUGCUCUUUCCUUCUUUCUGACAUACAUGUGGAGAUACAGAUUUCUGGCAAGGUCCUCUAUAGCUAUCCUGUUAUGUGGAGGUGUGUUUAUAUUGAUAUGUGAAUAUAUUGAUUUGCGAUCAUCUGCAUAUGAGAAACUCUUCCCACUUUGCAUGAUUGCUCUUUUCUUCUUCCUGUCUUACAUGUAGAUAUACGUCUUUCUGGCAAGGUCCUCUUUUCCCAUCCUGUCUUGCAGAGGUACUUUCACAUAUGUGGAUAUAUUUAUGGGUGACUAUCAGCAUCUAUUUCUCUUUAAUAUAUAUAUGAGGAAGGAAAAGUCUUCCUCUGGAUGUUUAUCUUGCACUAAUUCAAAUUGAAAAUUCACCUGGUGAGAAAGAUUGUGUAACCCACUGGCUGCUCGAUGGCUAAGAGUCUGUGCACCGAGUGGAACAUUUGAAGGAAUGAUUUGAAACCACCAGGUAAGACAUUUUGAAGGAAUGAUUUAUAACUAUCAGAUAAGGGAUUUUCAAUGAAUUAAUUGCAAUCACCAGGUAAGGGACUUUUAAGGAAUGUUUCCAACUACCAGGUAAAUAAAGGAUUUGCAGGUAGGUGAUUCAAUAACACACAGUAAAAUAGCUUCAGGAAGGAUUUGCAAACACCAGGUUAAUGUGUACUCCCUCUGUAAUUGUGGAACCAACCAGUUUCCUCUAGGUUUGAUCCGGUAAACAGCUAUCCAUCAAGAGAAGUUGAAUAAUGUCCAUAUUGAAGAUAUUUGAGACAAUCUGAGCACCGCAUCCAUUCUUACACUGCAAGGUGAAACACAUUUUUUGGCUCUAAAUGUUCUUGAAGACAUUUGUAGAUUUAACAUUCUUUUUUUUUUUUACACUUAUCAAUGAUGCAUAAUGCUUUUCCCCCCUUGCAGCACAUCAGAUCCCUCCGAGUGAAUGGGAACAGGACCAAAAUUCUACUGUAAUAAUAAUAAUAAUAAUAAUAAUAAUAAUAAUAAUAAUAAUAAUAAAUAAUAAUAAGUUUAUUUUUAUAUCCCGCCCCAUCUCCCCAAAAGGACUCGGGCGGCUCACAUGGGCCAAGCCCAACAACAUACAAUAAAUACAACAAUAUAAAAUACAUAACAAUCACAGUAGGUCAAUAACACAGCUUCAAGAGAGUGAAAACAUGGCCAUUAGUCUGCCCUGCAGACUAGGACGCGGAACAAUGGCUUCAAACUACAGGAAAGGAGAUUCCACCUGAACAUCAGGAAGAACUUCCUCACUGUGAGAGCUGUUCGACAGUGGAACUCUCUCCCCCAGACUGUGGUGGAGGCUCCUUCUUUGGAGGCUUUUAAGCAGAGGCUGGAUGGCCAUCUGUCGGGGGUGCUUUGAAUGCGAUUUCCUGCUUCUUAGCGGGGGGUUGGACUGGAUGGCCCAUGAGGUCUCUUCCAACUCUACUAUUCUAUGAUUCUAUGAUUCUAUGAAAAGCCAGAACAACUACAAACCUGUCAAUAUCUGUUUGAGAUAGUGCCUGGAGGGACUCUUAAUGUUUUGCGUCUCAUAGAUUUAGCAUGGGGAUUUGGUUAACCAGUUAAAAUUCAUGAGUAAACCAGGGUUUUUUUUAUAACCUGAAAAAUUUCGAGGGGAGGGGGGUUGAACCCCUAACACCCCCCCCCCUCACUACAGGCCUGUCUACUGAUAUAUCAGUGGUUAACAAUUGACUUCUCAUAGAAGAGAAAAAGAAGACGAGGAGGAGGAGGACACCAAGAGACCAAUGGAUGGAAGCAUGUUGUUUUCCUGGCAUUUCCAAACUAGAAGGCUCUUUCUCGGUUGACUUUCAGGACUACUGUGUAUUUCCCAACCGGAGCCAUGUCUGGUGACUUUGGGUUCACCCCAUGUUCAAGCGCUCAACGGUAUUAAUGGUGAAAUUUGCCAUCCUCAAGGGAGGCAAGGACACAUUCCAGCAAGACUGAUUUGCUGCUACAUCUUUUUAUGCUUAUGGAAAACUCUUUCCAAUUCGCAUUAUCGCUCUUUUCUACUUCCUGUCCUACAUGUGGAUAUAUGCAUGUCUGGCUAGAUCAUCUUUAGCGAUCCUCUCUUACGGAGGUGCAUUUAUAUUCAUCUGCGAAAAGCAUGAAGAAACUGUUUUCCUGAUCUGUUUUAUCUUUCUUCUGAGGAACUCUUCCCAAUUUGGAUGAUUGCUCUUUUCUUUUUCCUGCCAUACAUGUGGAGAUACACAUUUCUGGCAAGGUCCUCUUUAGCCAUCUUGUCAUGUGGAAGUGUGUUUAUAGUGAUGUGCAAAUAUGUAUUUAUUUGGGAUUAUCUACAUAUGAGAAACUCUUCCCGAUUUGCAUGAUCACUUUUCUUCCCAUCCUACUUGUGGAUAUAUGUCUUUCUGGCAACGACUUUUGUUCCCAUCCUAUCUUGUUUUCACACUGACAUGUGAAUAUAUUGAUGUGUGAUUAUCUGCACCUGUUUCUCUUUAAUAGCUAUAUGAGGAAGGAAUUCCUCUCUAUAUGUAUCACGACUGAAUUCGAAUUCAAAAUUCACCUGGUGGCAAUGACCCUGUGACCCAAUGGCUGAUCGACAUCAAGAAUCAAUGCUCUAAGUGGAAGAUUUGUAGGAACAAUUUGCAACCACCAGGUAUCUGAACGAUGGGAGAGAAGCAUUCCUUACUGGAGAAGAUUCAACGUCAAAAAGAGAAAAGAAAGUAGCACUGGUCCAGAAGAAAGAACUACAAGGAAUAGGAUAAGAGGUUUUGGAUCUGGUCAUGAUCUGGGGCCUCUUAAAAGGAAUCAUCUGAAGAUCUGGGCCAACUUUUCUUGUGGGAAUAGGGGGAAGCCAACUCUUAGUGUACAAAUGGGUGCGAAGGUUUCUUCUCUGAGCCAGUGGGAUGGUGGUCUGUGGCCCUUGCCAACAUUCCCUGGGUAGCACUGACCGCCACUUUUGGGGUCGGGAAGGAAUUUUCCUCCAGGGCCAAUUGGCCCAGGACCUGGAGGUUUUUCGCCUUCCUCUGGGCAUCCGGCAGCAGCCACCACUUAGGAAUGUUAUUAAUUAUAUUAUGUUUAAAACUUGCCAAAUCGAUCUUGGCAACUAGAUCAUGCAAAAUUAAUAAAAAUCACAACCAUAGAAACA